CAAACCUUAUUUCGGCGAAUCAACAGGAAAGUAGGCAAGAGUGCACGCGUUCAAGUCAGCUUCAAGACCUCAAGAUCAUCAUCGACCAUGGCCUCAAGACCCACCGUCAACGUCCGUUCGGCCUCUGGAGAGGCUUCGACCUCCCUCCCCCUCCCCGCUGUCUUGACGGCCCCCAUCCGUCUUGAUGUCGUCGCUCAGGUUCACAAGAGCCUUGCUAAGAACCGCCGUCAGCCCUACUCCGUCAGCGAGAAGGCUGGCCACCAAACCUCCGCUGAGUCCUGGGGUACCGGUCGUGCUGUCGCCCGUAUCCCCCGUGUAGGUGGCUCGGGUACCCAUCGCUCUGGCCAGGCUGCGUUCGGUAACAUGUGCCGUGGCGGUCGUAUGUUCGCGCCCACCAAGACCUGGCGCAAGUGGCACGUCAAGGUCAACCAGAACCAGCGCCGUUUCGCUACCGUCUCGGCCCUCGCUGCUUCUGCUCUCCCUUCGCUCGUUCUUGCUCGUGGCCACCGUAUCGAGGAAAUCGAGGAGGUUCCCCUUGUCAUCUCGUCUGAGGCCGAGUCCCUCAAGAAGACCAAGGAGGCUGUUACCCUCCUCAAGACCCUGAAGGCGUACUCUGACGUCGUCAAGGUUUCCAACUCUCGCAAGCUGCGUGCCGGCAAGGGCAAGCUGCGCAACCGCCGCUACCGCCAGCGUCGUGGCCCUCUUAUCGUCUUCAACGAGGAUAAUGGCAUCGUCAAGGCUUUCCGCAACCUCCCUGGUGUUGAACUCGUUAACGUCAGGCGGCUGAACGUUCUCCAGCUCGCCCCUGGUGGUCAUCUUGGUCGCUUCGUCAUCUGGACCGAGGGUGCCUUCGGCCUCCUGGAUGAGGUCUUCGGCACCUUUGACAAGGCUUCCACCUAUAAGAAGGACUACAUCCUCCCGACGGCCAAGAUCACCAACCCCGACGUUACUCGUCUCAUCAACAGCACGGAGAUCCAGUCCGUCGUUCGCCCCGCCGGACCCAAGAUCCAAAAGCGUCCCUGGACGCAGAAGAAGAACCCCCUUAUCAACAAGGGCACUCUCUUCCGUCUGAACCCCUAUGCGAAGAGCUUGCGCCGCCAGGAGCUCCUCAAGACCGAGCGUGUCAAAGAGGGCAAGCAGGCUGUUCGCAAGAACAAGAAGAAGCCCGCUCAGCCCGCUGGCGAGGCCUUCCUCGGCACCCUCUUUGCUCCCUAAGGGAUUCUCCGUUAAAGUUCGCCUCAUGCAUUUUCGAUAGCUAUGUUUGUAUCGCCACAUUGCAUAUCCCAUGCCUGUAUGUCAUGCAAAAACUUGCUCCAAAUGAAC